UCAGCUUACGACUAUGAAGGUCGCAUGAAUGAGAUGCCUCUCCCACUGUACGACUCUCGGCCGCCAGUUUGGGUGCCACGGACCCACUCCUCAGCCGAUAUUGGCUACAUCGGAUUUCACCCGCCUCGUCCCGGUCAAGAUGAAGACGUUUUGACCACAGACAAUAUCAGGAAGGGGUUUAGUCCGCCCCAGGUCGUUCCAGCAGAGCGUUUCAGUGCCCAAGAGGAAGUUUCUGCCCUUAUACGUUCCAAGGAUGCCUUGCACAACCUCGAAAAACUGGUGCAAGAUGUAUUUGCGCGCCGUACAGACAAUGUUGCACUUAUUCCGACCUCGACAUUUCGCAUGCCGACCCGGGUGACACUCAACGACUCCAAACGACAGGCCUGGUUUGCGGAUUUGGCCAAUCCUGAGGUUCCGUUGGCCAAGCUUGGUAAAAGUGUACCGCAUGGAGCGAAAGGCCAUGACCUCCUCGAUCUCUUACAUUCGAACCAAGUCGCGAUUCCUCGUGCCGUCUGGUUCUUGCGUGUCCUCGGCGCAAAUGAGACGGCCGGUCUGCGUAACAAACCGUCGUACAAUCCCACUCAGUAUAGUGUCGACUGGGCAAAUGUAGUUACCAACUACCUAAAAAAGCAAUUGGCCGAUAUUGCUCUGCCGAGCGCUCCUCGUUUAGGCCUCAACAUCAAGCAAACUUUCAAAGGAGUCCUCGCUGAUACCGACACUCGCGAGCGGUGGAUAUCGCGUUUUUCUUACAGUCUGGAGCUCCUUCGACCCUGUUACUCGGAGGGUUUAGUCGAUAGCCGCACAUUUCUGGUUUGGCUUGUCCAACAAAUGGGGUCUUCUACUCUAGCGCAAGUUGGUUUCCUUGUUCGCUUAGCCGAAGAAUACGUCGAUGGAAUCAUGAAAAAUCGCUCUUUGGCCCGUCCAUUCAUCGAUGCCUGCUUGUCCAAGCUUGCGGAGAUCAGUUCCACCCCCACCCAAGAAUUCAUGAUGAGCACACAAACAGUACUUAGAGUUUUACUUCAGAGAGUUUGCUUGGCCCUUCCAGACGCUUUUGUCAGCCCUAGAAUGUGGUCAACACAUGCUGCACUCGUCAGCGAAGCCCUCAACGAGAGCCUUGCCCAUGAUUCGAUGGAAGCGCAUAUCGCCCAGAAUUCUCAGGACAUUCAGCAGCUCCUGUUGGAUUCAUUUUCAGACAUCAAACGCAGAAACGAGGCUAUGUUAUUCACAAAUCUACCUGCCCAUGUUUCUGCCAAGCUACGCACAGUGGUAUCUGAUGUUCAAUCGCUCAACUCCAUCUCAAGCAAAACGGACCUUGGAAGCGUGGCGUUCUUCUCCACUCAGUUCGAUGACAUUUCCGUCUUCAAGGACAAACUGCAAAUGCUAUUGACUUGGACUGUAACCCCACUUCAAUUUGGAGACCAUCGUCCUGCUGCGGCUGUGACGUUGAUUCAAAACUGGAGGGAUAAAAUAGGUGAACGAGCUACCCGACGCGACUUUUGUAGUCCAGAUGAAUUUUUGCAAGAGCAAUUAUUCGAAUGGCUUGACACAUCGGAGAUCGCUGAGGAUUCCCACAACUUACGUGCUGUCUCCAUCCUCUACGGAAAGUUGGUCAAAGCGGAGCUCUUUUCAUACGCUGGCUACAUUCAGCACCUCAUUGCUCGUGGUGAGGAAGGAUUACAUUUUUCCGAUACUUCGACUUCGCGACAUCGUGAUUUUCUGCGAUCUAUACCAUUGUGGAACACAACGGCAGCUCUUACAACGCAACGCAAAGUGACUUUACAUGGCAUUCGUGCUCGGGAAACAGUCGAGGAUCUUCAUGAACGCGAGAUUCGAGGAGAAAUUCGUGCAUUGCUUCCUCAGCUCUCCAGUCACGAACUCAACGGCACCAUUGAUAAACCUAGCCCCGAUGUCGCUAGCAAGUGCCCCAGUCUGACUUCCGCCUCCCGUUUCGAACAAGUCAGAAUUUUCCGUCAUUGGCUGAUGCCUGUGUUGCGCAAAUAUUUCUCGCAUCCCAAUCAAGAGCAGGUUGAAUCGACACCACAGUUGGUGAACUGUUUUGCUGUCUGCACGGAGCUCAUGGUUCAUACUAAAUGUUUCCAUUCUGUGCUCGAGCUGAGUCUCUGUGCGCUUCAACGUUCCACGACGGUCGAGUUGCUUACGGCUGUCAUUGACACACUCUACCGCUUUGGAUGCAUCUGGAAUUGCAUGAAUGUUAUGGGGACCAUUGCCAAUGCCCUUUUCGCCGCUCAUAAACGAUGGAAGAAGACACGAGGGGGCGAGUUUCGUGCACUGCUGAAUGCCCUCGUCGAUUUUGAUGGCGGCCGAUUUCUCGACGAAAUAUCUCGAGCCCAGGUUGAUGCCGAUAUCACGUCAUUCACUCUUGCUCUCCAACCCCAGCCGAAUCUUCCUGAGCCUACUAUACCUGAUGUACUCCCAGAGAUUCUGCUACUUCUUGAAGAUCCUCGUGACGAGGCUCCCUCAAACCUUGCCAGUGGUUUGUGGAUCCGAUAUCGAGUCUCGCCUGAUUGGGCUCUCAAAGUCUGGGACAAUGUUGUUGCAGGCGUUCGUCAAAUUCCAUAUAUGCACACAGAACCCGAUGGUCAGCGUGCUCGCGCUGUUCGCUAUGGCGUUUUCUUGUGGCACAUCAAUGAGCAUCUACCUAGAGGCCUAGACGAUCAAGUGUUGAAAUGGUUCCUCGGCUCUGGGAAGAAUGAAGUUGGUGGGUUGGGGGCAGAUGCGUGGACUGUGCUCACCACCGUAUUGCUUCAUUUGGCUAUCAAUGGAGCCCUCCAGGCGACGACUAUUCUUGAAGGGCUCAUCUAUCCUACCUGGCAACUCGGUGCAACCGUCUCUUCUUCACAAGAAGGCCAGUCCCGUCAAGUCUUGCUCCACGCCAUCAACAGUCUAUUCGAACAACUCCUAUUCCAGCACGAUGUUGGAAACGAAACCAUGACGUUACUCGAAUCGCAGCGUAUGCAAACGCGGCGCCAGGCUGUCUACGAGGACCCUCACUUCUCACUCCUCAUCACAACUAUCCCAUUACUCGUCUCUUUGGAAAGCAACGGAUACCUUUCACAAGAUAUUCGCGCUGCCUUUACCUCGCUUCGGCUCACCUUGUCUUCGCACCAUAAUUUUCGUCAAGCAGCGUUCGGGAAUCUGGAUGCAAUUCGGGAAACCUUCAAUCAGUCUCUCGCCGAAGAUGAGCUCGACGAUAAUCGGGCCAAGGUCAUGGUCGCCGCGUUGCGAGAACUGCUUUCUGAAUCAUCAGAAGAUGCUGCCAUCGAGCUGUCGACAUGGCCCGACGUUACAUCACUCUUGAGCCCUUGGAAGUUGACGGCCACGGCCAUCGAGUUGCAAUUCCUUCUUCGUCACAUGGGUCGCGCCUUGUCUUGUGAGGGUGCCCACACCGCCGCCGCUCAAGUCAGCCUGGACAAACUGAUCUUAAUGAUCUUCCACCACUCGAUGACGUCAGAACAGGCUUAUUUCGUUGCGCAGAUGGCACGAGGAACUGAGGGUGUCGUUGCAGCAAAGUUUAUCAACAACGGACUCAAGCGUGUGACCGAGAUUCUACAUGGUGUCGACAUGACGUCCUCGAAGAGUCUCGGUGAUGGCUUUGAACGCACAGAGGAACUGUUGAGGGUGAUUGCUUAUGUCGCGGAACCGCUUCGGACUUCCGGAUCACUACUCCCAUCGCUCGACAGUGUCAUCCAGGACGAAUUCUUCAGCAUCUUGAGCGAAAAAUUCGUGCAAGUCGACCAGGCAUUGAAAGAGCAUCCCUCGGAUGAUAUUCUGCAAGAGAAAUUGACACACACAGCCAUUUCUCUGUCGCGACUGCUCCAGUUCCAUCUUGGCUUCCCUUUUUCGUGGACAGCGCGCAUCAAGGAGUCAAGUUCGAGUCUUUUGUCGACAAUCUUGGGUUUAGUGAUAAUGCAUGGUAGCGGUACAAUGCUGGACCUUGGAGCAUAUUCCUUGCUCAUUGAUACUCUUUACUAUCUGUUGGACGAGCUCGUGCAUAAUUCACGAACGUCUGCAACUUUCGACCCAUUCGCUCAUGCGCCCCAUGUGCUCCCGUCAGAUAUACCUGCCGACUUUCCCCGCGAAUACCGAAAUCAGGUCCAGGCACUGCUUCGUCACUUGCCGCCUCCUGCUCUCGUUUCGCAACUCGCAACUUCGCUGCGGGACUCGAGCGGUGGUUUUACCCAUUCGCCUGUUCACAAUCGGCCGUGGGAGUGGAUUGAGAACCUGGGCGAGCCGAAUCCUGUGGGCGACGACAAACCGCAGUCGGUCAGGAACUCGGGGUCGGUAUCGCUGGAGCUGUUUGCGGCGCGACUGACGGGUGAUGUCAUCCUCCAGCAUGCUGACGGGGAUACCCGGCAUAUGAACAACAUGCGGAGUUUCCAAGACGGACUGUCGACGGAAUCGGUGCUGAAGAGAGACUGGAGUGAAACGCGGAUGGAGCCAGAUGCAGCCAGUCUGGUGGAUGGUGGUCUUGGGGGCAUUGGAGCGCGGCUGAGAGGCGGUGACAUACCGUUUGACAGAAGGCGGGCCUCGCCUGCUUCGUCUGCCAUUUCGCGCGCGUCGACUCAUGGGUCACAUGGCUCUAGAGCCAGCCCUGGCCCUAGUCGGCUGACUAACAUCUCUGAGGACAGUGGGGACUCGUCGUUCAAUCAGGGCACGAAGCGCAAGGCCACUGACGAUGAAGAGGUAGCUGUCAAGAAAGCAAAGCCUGCACCAAAGCCACGCGGAAAACGGAAAUAA